AUGGAAAGAUUUGAUCAAGACUUCGCGGAUGGGCUAGCUCUCGACUUAUUCUCGCCCAAGAACAGGACCAUCGUGGUCAAUCAGAACCUGCAGCCGCUUGGGGGUCAGUUCGUGACCGGAUCCACAGGCGAAGGCUUUACUGCGCUGCAAAACUAUUCAUAUACUAUUCAGACCAGCGACAACGCGCAGGACCUCAUCGCUAAGAUCGAGGUCCCAUAUGAUCUUGAUAUGUUGAGGCAGAUGGGAAUACAGGAAAGCAACACCUACGUUGGCAAGCUGGCAGACGAUAAGAUGAGUUGGGUCGUUGAUGAGACAAUUCGCAACGUCCACAGAUCCGAAAACAACACUCGGAUCAUCAAGAUGACCAGAAUUGAUGGAGAGUACAUCCUCCUGGGCCGAAAAAGCGUUGAUACGACCAAUAUUUUCGUACAGUACGGUCAAGGCGCGACAAGGACUGCCAACGUCACUGCAGGUGGGCGUCAAGAAGUCGAAUUCGUUGAUGGAUUACGACUUUCUGUAGUCGCCCAGCAGAACAUGAAGAUCAACAUUGAUCUCAAGGACGGAGUGGAGCCAGCGAGUUUGCCAGAG